CAGACGAAAUUUAGAAAUACUCACCAUCAUGAUUUGGAGGCUUUGUUUUAUUCUUAGUGCAAGUUUUUUGUUUAGAGCUGUUACGGCAAUUUACAACUCCGAAAAAGAUGCCGAAAUAUUCCUGAAGGAAUCCAGCAUUCGACAAUACCGGCUAUAUGAUGAAAUUUCCAAUAUUACCUACAACAUUGAUGAUAAGCUCUUUUUUGGUGCUCUGGAAGAACGUGGUAUGUCACAAAACAUCGCAACUUUGAUGUUAGAUAUUACCAAGGAGGCUAAAAAAUACAAAACAUAUCAAUUUGACAACCCGAAUGUGAUCAAGGGUAUUCAAAAAUUACGAUCAGCAGAUUUGUUCGUCCUAGAAGAAGAUUUCUUCAAUAGUCUUUCUACUUCAUUAUUGGCACUGCAGAAAAUUGCAACGGAUAAGGAUAUUUGCAACUACACUCAAAGGAAUAAGUGCAACAUGGCAUACCUGCCUGAUAUUCGGAAAGUCUUUACCAACAGUAUGGAUCCAAAUGAACUACUGUAUUAUUGGCAGGAAUUGCGCCAAAAGCAGGGAAGUCUUGCAAAAAAUCACCUCAAUAAUCUUGUUGAACUAUUUAGAAAAGCGGCUUAUUCAAAUGGUUUAUCUGUACGACGAUUUUGGUUUAGAACAUAUGAGGAUUUGGAUUUUUUCACUGAUAUGGAGAGUGCAAUGCAUGAAAUUCAACCUUUCUAUCUGGAGUUUCAUGCUUAUAUUAGACGGGAGCUGUCAAAGAAAUACGGAUCGGCUGUGAUCGAUCAAACGGGACCAAUACCUGAUCAUAUUGUGGAACAAGUUAUGCUUCAAGCGUGGAAAAAGCAAGGAAUACUUAGUGAUUCCUUUCCAAGGCAGAGAUUACCAAACUUAAAAGAAGGACUUGAGUCCCAAGGUUUUGAUAUUGGAAAAACCCUUAAGAAUGCUGAAGAUUUCUAUGAAUCACUUGGUUUUAGUGCAAUUCCUGACAAAAUUAAGAAUCAGCGUUUCAAAGAAAUCCCCCAAGCUUACGCUGGCAAGGACUGCAAGACUGAUAUCUUCGACAAAACUCCGAAGGUGUACAUGAAAUAUUGCAAGACUUCACCUUCAUUUAAGCGUUUUCUCCAAACUCAUGGCAGUCUUGGUCGCAUUUACUAUGCCAUGGAGAAGAAAGACCUGCCAUUUUAUUUCUUCCCAUCGUUUGACUUGGAAUAUCCGUUAGGUGAAGCCGUUAUUCUGUCAGCUUCAACUCCAAAUCAUAUGAACAGAGCUGAAAUUUUAAACAACUUUAACUACACCAAUGAACUUUCCAUGAAUCGUUUGUUUAGAAUGGGUGUUCAUACAAUAUUCAACAUUGCUCAAUACUUUGUGAACACAAAAGUUGUCAUUGAUGUUCUUGAAGGACAAGUUCCUAUUCAGUUGAUUAAUCAACAUUACUGGAAGCUUAUGGAUGAGUAUGCUGGUAUUGAGCCACCUGUAGAUAGAACAACGAAAUCAAUUGAUUUUUCGUAUAAAUUCUUUGACGAUCUUUCGCAAAACCACCAAACAAGAAAAUUUGUGUCAGAGAUUUUGGGCUACAAAAUGUAUGAAUCGUUUUGCUUGAAGACUGGUGGAUUCGUUCCCAAUGAUCCAAAUAAACCACUUCAUGAGUGUGAUUUUUAUGGAAACAAGGAUGUAGGAACUGCCAUGAGAAAAAUGAUGAAAGUCGGUUCAACCACAACAUGGCGCACAGCCAUUGCACAAAUUGUUCCAGAUAGUGCACCUUUGUCUGCAGAUUCACUUUUGAAGUACUAUAAGCCACUGCAUGAAUGGCUUAAGGAAAAGAAUCGCCUUGCAGGAACAGUUGUAGGAUGGACUCCUUCCAGAAAAAAUGUACGAUGAUCAUGUUGGCGUUUAUGUUAUCUUAUUAU